UCCAGCAAACAGUGACGUGUCGUCAUCAUGGAUGUACGGCAAGCCGGAGGAGCCAUUCUGCUGAUGUUCGCGGCUCUUCUCGCCAUGCCGCCGCCGCCCCAGGUCGGCGCCGCUCCCGCUCUGGACCCGCAGCAGGAGCUUCGUGCCCUGCGCAAUCUUAUAUCAAAGGUGGACAAAGAAAUGGCCGGAGUGGGGCGCACAGCUAAAACAUUGGACAUGAUACUGACUGACAUGGAAUCGCGGUUCGAUGGGCUAAUCCAAAACGUGACACGCCUGGAGCAGCAGCGUGAUGAGCUGUCUGACAGUUGUGGCGCGCUCCCGGCGGAAGACGGCGUCACUGCAGGGGUGACAGCAAGUUCAGCGACAACAGCGGAAGGACCGCGUGUCAAAGACUGUGAAGAGCUGCUGCCGUACGGGUUGACCCAAAGCGGCGUGUACACCAUCUAUGUCGACAACCGGCCAGUGAGGGUCUUCUGCCGCCUCGAGAAUGGCGUCGACGCCUGGACCGUCAUCCAGCGGCGUCAGGACGGCUCCGUCAACUUCAACCGCUCCUGGGCCGAAUACAAGACGGGGUUCGGCGACCCUGGGGUGGAGUACUGGCUGGGGAACGAGAUCAUCCACCAGCUGACGAGCAGCGGGGAUUUCUACAAGAUGUACGUGUACAUGGAGGAUUGGGAGGGAGGGUACAUCCACAUCCAGUUUGACGAGUUCUACCUGGAGAGCUCGGCGACCAAGUACAAGCUGCGACUGAACCUCCUGCGUGGCGGGAACACCCGGAACGCCAUGUACUUCAACACGGGACAGGCCUUCACCACGUACGAUCAAGACAAUGGCGGGUACGGAGCAGACUGCGCCAAGAGGUACGGCGGAGGCUGGUGGUUUUACGGGCCCGCCUGUGUGUACGCCAACCUGAACGGGAACUACGUGCCGGGCGGGCAGACACAGGACGGGAUCGGCCUGGUCUGGCUCUACUGGCGCUCGCCGGUCUGGUACUCCGCUAAAGUCACCGAGAUGAGGAUCAUGAAGCGGGAUGAAAACAUCCCCAUCCGCCAGCCUUAGAACAAUCCCAGACUCUCCAUUAACAUACAUUCGCAUAAUUCCACCAGGUGCCAUUAUACCGCCACCUAAAAAAACGUUGUUAUAGAGG